CCGUAACGUAGCAACAUUUUUAUUUUAUUUUGAUUUUUGCCUAAUUGGGAGCCACAUUCUUCUGUACCACUUGCUUUGUUAUUCAGAAGCAUUGACAAAAUUUAUUAAAAUGGAUAAUGAAGAGGAAACCAACAAUGAAACACAGGAAGAGAUUCCAAACCAAGAUCAGCUAGCAAAGGAAAAAUUAAAUCAGAGACGGGAGGCUAGACGGCGAAAAAUCUUGGAAAAUGCUAAGAACCGUCUGGAAAGGUUAAAUGGACGCACUGUAUCUAGUGAUGACUCUCCAUUGAUUGAAGAUAAACCUAGGACACAAAUGGACUAUGAAUCUUUUAAUGGACCAAAGUUCUCAACUACCGAAAGUGCUGAAUUCUCCGACCCUGAGGUGGAACCAGACAUCAUCUCACAAGACAUUCGUUCAUUUAUGGGAGAAAGUUUCCAAUAUCCCGCUACUAGCUUUGACGCAAAUUCUACCCUGCAACCAAAUCAACCAUGGAGUGUACCGGCAAAUGGUUUUAACGAAAUUUUUGACAUAUUUAAAGCUCCGACAGUACAAGAGCGACACAUACUUAUUAAGGCCAGGCUACAUAUUAUCCUAUCAGCUUUAAUUUCCUCAAUAGUGGCAAUUUUUUGGAGGCAAACUGGUUUCAGCGUUUUCAUACCUGCCGGAAUAUGCGCAAUUACAGAUUUACUAUUCUUUAGAGAACAAAAACCAUUGCAUCCUAUAUUGAAUAUGAUUUUUAUGAUGUUUGAUAAACAAUUGCCCACUCAGGCGAAACAAUGCCUCCACAUAUUUACAAUAGUACAAGGUAUUAUUGUGGAUUUGGGUGUAUUCAUAUUUAGCUUUUGUACACUAUUUUAUUCAAUGAGUUAUUUCAAUCAUCAUUCAAAUAAUCUUAUUAUCAUCCAAUAAAAUUAUAUUUUCUUCAAAAGAAAAUUACUGGGGCCACCGUGAAUGCAUAGGUUCGCAUGUCUGCCUGCCAUACACAGAACACCUGGAAAUUACGAAUUGUUUUUGGUUCCAUUUACUUACAUCGAUUAUGUUAAUUAAAUAAAAAUUUGUAACAUUAUGUACUAAUUAUGUUUAGUUUUAAACAUAACAAUACUAUAAAUAAACUAUUUUUAUUAAGGUAAUUGACGGAAAAAUUAAA